UUGUACCAAUACAGCCUUUAAAAUAUCCAUAUAGUAUUAAAUUGUUGCUAAUAUCAAUAAAUCAUAUAAAAUUUCUUCUUUCAAAAGGAUUUUAAAAAAUAUAGCUCUAUUUUUUAAAACUUCUUUAUACCUUUGAAUUAAUAUCGACUCCUGAUGAGUGCCUGGAUGUGACUAUGCAGUUUUCUUAACCAGAUUUUUCAGAAGUGGCUCCCCGUUGCCUCCUUCCUCAGGCUAUGAUGAGGAAUGGCUUUCCCAAAGUAACCCAGCUGGGACUCAUUCUCCUGUUUCUAGCCUGGUGCCUUAACCACUACCCCAAACUGGCUCUCCUUUAAAUACAGCGAAGUGUUAUACUUCUUUUAAAAAAUACAGGAAGUCCUGAUAUAUGAAGGGUUAAAGUAGCAGUUUCCUUACAACUUAAUCUUUGUGUCAGUGGGCUGCUUUAUUCUGUUUUCCUAAAUCUUGGUACUGUCAUUAUCAGAAUCUGAGCUGCAGGUGAAGCCUAAGGAAGUCAUCUCCACUCACCUGUUUUGGCCGGCAGGAUGCUGCAGGGGGUGUCUGUCUCAUCUUCCUCACCGGCCCAUGGAGGAGAACUACAAUGCUGGUCCAGCCCUAGAGCAGGCGUGCUUGCACUAGACCACCCCAGCUCUAGUGCAAGAAUUAUAAGCCAUGGGCAAUUGGCUUGACUUUUAAUUUGCAUGAUGAAGCCUCCUUCCAAGUGUGUGCAGUCUUGGGGGAAGUGGAGGAAAGCGAUGCUUGAACUUUCUUAAAACUGAGAUUCCAGGCAGUUCAAGACUACUUUGAUUGAAACAGGGCUUUGGUUAUAAGGUUAUCCUUCCUUAGUCUUUAACCUGGAGAGCGGAGGGUGGGAUCCUUAAAAUAUAGUGGUCAGAAAAGCAGAACUGGAUCAAGUAGCAUUCUGUGCUUCAGUAGUAGUUUCUUAAAGUUGUUUUCUCCGAUGCUUUAGGUUCCAGGAGCAAGAGGCAUUUAGAAGAGGAGUGUGAAGAAGGCGGCGCAGGAGACACGAAAAGACAAUGCCGUAUGACCUGCAGGUGCUCAUCCUCUCAGGCACAUUCUCUCAGCAAUGGAAGAGCAGCUUCUCCAGGCUCUUUCCUGAGCAGCAGUGGAUACUUGGAUAAUGACUUGGAUGAUGCCAUCCUGGCUCGUUCUGAUGAGGAAAAGCCAGAUUCUCCCACUGGACUCUCUCGUGAAGCUGAGGAUGAGCUUAUAGCAGAGGAUCGGGAAACCUCCCCCUGUUUUGUAGCAAUUGAAGUAAAUAGAUGUGAGGAUGUGAAGAGUGGUAGCCUUUUAGCUUGUCCUGAAUCUGCACAGCCUCCAAGGGCUCUGGAUGAGGUUGAAAGCACAAAACCUCUUCCUCAGACCGGUUCUUCAGCCAGCUCAAGUGAGGUGGCUCUUUUCACAAAUGAUUUGGAAAAAUACUUGAAUAAGAGCUCUCAAAAUCAAGCAGAGUUUGGUGCAAAAUACAAUGGUUUUAGGAUUCCAGAAGUUGAUUCAGACGUAACAGCUUCUUUGAAUCCGGAGAGAGGUCUGCCUGGAAAAAUAGAUAAUGACACAAUAAAGACAGUGGCAAAUGAUUUGCCAGUAGGAAGCCAACUAGUGGCUGAACAUGAAUCAUUUGGUGCAGUGGUUGAACAGUCCUCCUUAGAGAGACAGACUUCCCUAAGUUACAAGCAGCUCAGAGGCAAGAAUACAAGCAACCCACUACCUGAAAAAGAAUUAGAUACCAUUGACUUGCAUGCAGUGUCCACUCGUGUCAAUGGCCAAAGAAAGGAUUGUGUGGAAGCUCCUGAUGUUAAAAAAACAAAUAGGCAGGAAGUGGCUAAAGAAGCAAAGAAGAAGCUACACCCUUCAGUUUGUCAACCCCUGAGCAACGUGGAAGACUCCAUUUUCUGUGUGAAGUCAAGUCCUGUAAAGCCUAAACGGAUAUUAAUUCAAGAAGCAGACCUUGAGUUAAGAAAAGCAAGAUACGUUAAUGCCGUACUUAACCAUGCUACCUCUGUCCCGUCUCUCAUAGACCCCGUCCAGGAGUUGCACACGCUGGUAAAUACAGUCGCGUCUGAAUCCAGUUACAACCACCCAACAGACUUGACCGUAAGGAACUACAGCAAACGGAGUCACAGCAAAACUCAGAGAUUCAGUCUCAACCAGUGGGUUGAGCACAGCAGGAGCAACUUUGGCCGGUUUGAUGGCAUUCCUGAUCACUUUGAGCGCAGCCCAAUCCUAAGCUAGGGGAGAUUUUAUUCAAAGUUGUUCGUACUGGCAAUUCAAUUUAAUUAGUGUUUGUGUGUGUUAUUAAUAUGAAGGCCAAUUUAAUGUAUUUAUUUUUAUUACAAAUAUUUGUUCACUUUGUCCUAGAUCUUUUUCACUGCUGAAUAUUUUAGAAAUGUUGUGUUUUUACUACUCUAUUUCAUAUUGCACCUUGUAUAUGUUUUGCUUGUUUUAAAAUUCUGGGACCUAUUA